AUGCCGCCCAAAACAGUCGAGGAGGAGCUCGCAGAGCUUGAACUGCUAGGCGCAGAGACACCAGCAGCUCCUCCACCAAAGAAGGGGCCAAAAGCCCCACGACAGAAGCUGACACAAGAGGACGAUGCACUCAAGGGCCUCGAAGAGCUCGAGGACCUUGGCAAGUUCCAGCGCCCAGAAGGACUGCGUCCAACAAGUCGUCCCAAUACACCCAAACUGUCGUCAUCGUCGACCGCCUCAAGCAACCGGAGAGGCGCUGAUGUUGCGACUCCCUCCUCCACUGGCUCAGCGCGUACCAGCGAGGAUCGAGCAGCACCGCCAAGGAAGUCAGGGGAGAGCACACGAUCGUUCCACCAGAGCUUUGCGCUUACCCAAGAGGAGCCCGUCAAAGAGACGUCUGUGCCCAAAGAUGAGCCAUCAGCUUCAUCAGGCGGCUCCUGGUGGGGCGGAGGCUGGGGCGGUAUCUUGAACACUGCGACUGAGGCUGCAAAUGCGGCGAAGAAGCAAGCAGAAGCUGCCUAUCAGGAACUCCAGAAAAACCAAGAAGCACAGCGAUGGGCAGAGCAAGUGCGCGGCAAUGUCGGCGCUCUUCGUGGCAUGGGCGGAGAGCUAAGCAAGCACGCGUUGCCCACCUUCACCAACAUACUACACACCCUUGCUCCUCCCAUCGCACAACAUGAAAGGCUACAAAUCCACAUCACUCACGACCUCAUCGGCUAUCCCUCGCUCGACCCUAUAAUCCAUCAGACCUUCUCCACCGUCAUGGCUCAGGUUGAGGGUGGUGACCUGCUUGUCAUCCAGCGCGGUUCAGAGUCUACAAAACGCGGCUCUAUGGAGGGAUAUAGAGGGGGCGGUGGGGGCUGGAACGAUGGGCCAUGGUGGCGUCACUCAGACAAGCGAGACCUAAGCACAGUCAAAGGUCUCAUCGAAGGCACAAAGCUCACCAGGGUGAGCGCCGAAUCUUAUGCCGACGAGUUCUUCGCUGCUAGAGGAGGCAUUGAGGCAGUUGCCAAGCAAGCUACUGAGGUCCUCAGCGAAAGCAACCCUGUGCGCAGCAGCGACAUCUUCAUCGCAAUCCAGGCCAUCAGCUAUUCAGAGCCUGCAGAACUCUUUGGCACUUCGACAUCAGCCGACACAAAAGAGAGCGAUGAACAGGAACAGAAGGAAGACGAGGAACUAGUCGCUUUCGCGGUGUAUCUGUACGAUCCUAUCCAUGGCAUCAGUUUUAAGGCAAUUAGCCAGUCCUUUCCUGCCAAAUGGGCAGAGUGGUUGGAUGCUCCUGCGAACACAGAAGCUGCAGGCGAAGAGCAAGGACUGCCACAAGAGAUCCAAGAGAUCAUCGAGAGUGGAGGAGUCGACCCUCGUGAGUGGGUUUCUGAAUGGUUGGAGGAGACUAUCAGCCUUAGCGUUGGUAUUGUUGCUCAGCGCUAUGUUGCACGCCGAAUGGGAGUUGGAGAGGGUGGUCUUGGAAAGGGCAAAGCACGCGAGGCCAAUGUUGAAACUGGUGCUGGUGAGGCUGCACGAGCUGGUAUUAUCUGA